ACCAAAUCCACUGCAGCUCUGUGCUGUAGGUGCCCGGGGAUUUUCCGCCGCGUAGCCCUGCAGCCCGUCACCGAGGCUGUGGGGCUGUGAUGACAACCAUUUGCGACCUCCCCGAGGACGUCCUGGUGGAGCUGCUUUCGCUGCUGCCAGCCCGGGACCUGAUCUGCGCCUGCAGACGGGUCUGCACGCAGUGGCGGUACGUGGUGGAUCUGACCACCCUAUGGAAACGCAAGUGCCAGCGCGAGGGGUUUUAUAUCCCGAAUUGGGACAGAAGCGUCUCUGACUGGAAGAUCUUCUAUAUGCUCUGCAACUUGAAGAGAAACUUAAUCAAAAACCCCUGUGCUGAAGAGAACUUUAAGCACUGGAAACUUGAUAAUAAUGACGGAAAUAAAUGGAAGAUUGAGGAUCUGCCUGGACCUCACGGAAAAGACAUGCCAGACCCUAAAGUACACAAAUACUUUGUCACUUCAUACGGCCCAUGCUUCAAGUCUCAACUCAUUACCCUGCAGAAAGAAGGAUACUGGAAUCAGUUGAUGGAUGAGAAACGGCCUGAAAUUGUAGUCAAGGACUGGUAUGCUGCCAGAUUUGACUGUGGAUGUCGCUAUGAACUUACAGUGAGGCUGCUUUCUGAAGACUACAUUGUCCUUGAGGAGUUCCACCCCGAGCCAGUCGUUAUAGAGCAGUGGAGCGAUGCAGUGUGGAGAGAGAUUUCUCACACCUUCCAGAAUUACCCAGCUGGAGUUCGUUACAUCUGGUUUCAGCAUGGAGGCCAAGACACCCAAUUCUGGGCAGGGUGGUAUGGGAUCCGAGUGACCAACAGCAGCAUCACCAUUGGGCCCCUGACAUUGUUAUGAAGGCACAAUAUAAGUGUUUGCUUUUACCUCAGGACUGUAACCAGGUGGUCUCAGGUGCACUUAUUUCUCUAGUCUCUGUGUGAGUGUCCUGGCUUUGUCUUGCACAGCUGAUCUCAAAUGCAAGCAGCUAGUUCUCCUCUUUCACAGCAGAACUUCUGCAGGCCUAGCCCUUUGGAAGGACUUCUGUCUUCAUCUUUCAUCCUCCUGUACCGUGGAUGUUACUGCAAUUACUAGUGCCCUUCUGCAGGAGGAAGACUAGGACCAUUAAAUAUGACAUCUGUCUUUUCUAGUUAAUAUGGCCUUGUGCUACAGCCAAACACCAAGUCUUAAAUAGAAACCAUUUCUUGUUUGUUUAUGGAACUUAUGAAAGAUAAGGAUAAAAUAUUUCAUUUCACAUUAUCAAAGCUGUCCUCAAGGGCUGUGCUACAGAGAGACUUGUUUUGUAUGGUAUUUUCCUGUUUCAGUUUAAUUACAUAGAAAAACCAUGUAUCUUUCACAUCAGAUCUUUCAUAGCAUAAGGAAACUGUCCACCCUUUUUCAUAAAUGCUGUGUCACUGCUACUUAAUUCCUUACCAUUUCUGUAAGUGUAUAUGAUCAAAAUGGUACAUGCCUUCCCUGUCCGAAUACAGCCCAUCAUUGUUUGAAUAAACAGCUAGAGAAACAGGAGAUAAGGAAUCCCUUAAGGUGGUUACCUUACAAUGUAAGUGCCUUUUGAUUGUGCUGGGCUUUUUCCAUACUACCUUUGUACUACCGGAAUACUUGGUUUGUACUGAACGGUCUAACCCUAUAUAAAAUG